AUGGAUGGAGUCCGACGAUGGUGGGUAAGAAUAGACGAUCACAAUAACAAACAAAAGUUCGCCUGGCAGGAAUUCUCUGAGCUUUCGUCCUUGCCUUCUGGCACCUGCAGCCCCGACAGUACUCCGCCGCGGUCGGCGAGGAACGGUGCGGCCUCUCCUGUCAGUCUGAGUCCAAGCACAGGGCUACGCUACGGGCUGUUGCACCCGGAGGAUGCGAGGGCAAUUUCUCCCGCUCGGGAAGGCGACAACCCCCAUAGCAAACGACUCAAGGCUUGCCACCGCAUGCGGACAGAGGACGCCUUGGCAUCUGGACACGAGGACGAGGCGGUGUUGGACUGCGAUGUGGACAGCAUCCACAGUUGGUCAUCUGGUCCUGUCUCCCAGCCUUCCUCUCUUAACAGUCAGGACACUGAACCGAAGGACGCUGCGCCGCAGAUCGAGGCGGCAUCUGCGUCGGAACCUGCAGCCUUUUGUCACCAGAUGCUGGCUCGCGGCGCGCAAGCUGCGCGCGGGACGUUACGCCCUACCAAGUGGGGCCGCUGCGUGAAGUGUACGGAACCGAUGCGCUUCCAUGUUUUCCAGUCCGGCCCAAAACAAGGCAUGCCAGUUUUGAUGUGUAAGCAGUGGUUCGGUUGCGGUUAUGGAUCCAGCCUCAAGUGCAGGGGGCAGAAGCCGUUCCCGCGAGAUCGUAUUCCGGACCUCUCUGCGUCAGAGCAGAAAUUGUGCAGCGAUGUAAGAGCCCAGCUUUGGCUUAACCAGGAAUUUCCCACUGCUAGCCCAAGAUACUUCAACAUGUUCGACACAAUGUCCGUGGCGUUUUGCGUCUCAGAACUGCUGCUCCUGCUCUUGCCGACGGACUACUUGCGCGGCCAUGGCCGGCUCCUCCACGAGAAGCAAAGGCAAGCAGUGCAGUCACAGGUGCAAAGUGUGCGGAAAGUGCGGACAUCGCCUGGAGACCUGUCCCUCAGCAGCUGCCAAGUUGAUCCGCUCACUCAAGAACCAAGUGAAGGCCACGUUGAAGACGAAUAUCUGUUUUGGGUCACUUCUCAUGAGCUGACGAGCAGCGGUGCAUCCCAGAAAAGCAACGCAGGCAGAGUGGAGAAGAAGCAUCGCACUUCCGCCCAGGAUUCUCGCGCGAAGAAGCGCAAGGCCGCAGCUUUAGCUUACACGGGCAAGAACGUCUCCAAUCCCUGUCCGGCAGCACUACGACAAGAAAAUGUGAUAAGUCUCAGCCCUGAAAACCAGGCCGACCACUUCUUGGCCGUGCGUGAGGUCGAAGCCGCGCGAGGGCGUAGCUGGAAGGCCAAGAUUAGGGUGUCCGGCCUUGUCGAAGUGGAUGGAACAUCCCUCGGAAAGUUUGCGGUUCGAGCUACCUGCAAGCGCUUCCAGCCGCAGAUCAAAGCAUUGACUGCGAAGCUGGCCCGUGCCGGCAAAGUAAUUCCUUCUGUGUUUUUUGUACACUACCAGGUUUUGGGAAUUAUGCGUCGGGGUGGCCCCCCAAUCCUGGCCAUUCCAGACUUGCCUGUGACUGUUCCUGGCAGCCGUCCUCCGACGGAAAGUCGUGAAGGCAUCCGUCAGACGGGCUUGUUGCACAAAGUGCCUUUGGCCCGGCGCCCCUUUACGACAAUUUUUUCCGAUGGAAACCGAGCUUGGCAGACACUUGCGCAGCAGCUCCGGAUGACAUCGCAUGCUGUCUAA